CAACACGUCACCCUGUAGGAGGUGUCAUUAGUUUAAAGAGUGAUGAUAAACGGUGUCUUUGUCAUUGUCAGAUGGAUGCACAGAGAGAAAGAUGGUUUUAUAUGUCAUACCAAUGGCAUACAUUGCAGAUUCUUUUUUGUUUUGUGCAUUAAUACAAUUGGUGAAUUAGUGAAUCUUCUCCAGUUUGGUGGACAGAUCCCAUUAAACUCAAAAUAAUGCAAAUUUAUUACAUUAUGCUAUUAAUAUCUAAAUAGUUUCCAUGGAGGUAUGUUUGUGAAUUAUAGCUUAUCAAUAUAAUCUGUACUUUAUAAAGAGUGUAAUUAUACAAAAUGUUUGUAUGUUGUUUAAUUUUGCCUUGACAGUCAAAUGCUUGUGUAAUUGUCAAUGUAAAAAUAGUCUUUUUUACAUUCUUGCUGUAUGAGGUAAUUGUGAAGCUGUAUAGAGUUAUGACCUAUACCAAUAUCACUGUCUUUACUGAAUUCUACCUGCUGGGAUUUCCAGGACUCCAUCCACAGUAUCAUGGAGCUGUAGGAACCCUUUUGUUCUUUGUCUAUUUGACACUGGCAGGAGGAAAUAUCUUUAUUAUUGCAUUCAUUGCUUAUGAGAGAAGCCUUCAGAAACCUACCUAUUUAAUCUUCUGUAAUCUUGCUGUGUGUGAUCUUGCUUUUGGAACUGCCACGCUGCCUAAAGCCAUUGCAAAAUACUUUUUCAAUAGCAGUGAUAUAUCAUUUUAUAGUUGUUUUGUGCAGAUGUUUUUUGUUCACUACUUAGGGAGUAUUAACUCUUUUCUAAUGCUAUUAAUGGCCAUUGAUCGGUUUGUUGCAGUUUGUAGCCCACUGAGAUACUGUGUCCUUAUUACAAACAAAACAAUUUUUUUGGCAUGUGCUGCGUUUUGGGCAAUCUGUAUAUCGUGGAUGUCAGUCGUUGUUUUUCAUGCCUUCAGUGAGCCCUUCUGCAGUUCUAACGUAAUAACCCAAAAUUACUGUGACCAAAAUUCAAUAAUUAAACUGUCUUGUGGAGAUGUAAGGCAAAAAAUUUUUUUUUCAUUUUCAGGUGCUAUGUUUGUUCUUUUGGGCCCAUUAAUAUUUAUUAUAUUUUCUUUCAUUGCCAUCAUCACAACUGUUUUCAAAAUCUCAGACAUUCAGGCCCGAUAUAAAACAUUCUCAACUUGCACUCCUCAGCUUCUUAUCAUUUGUCUGUACUAUGUGCCCAGAUGUGUUGUUUAUGUGCAUGAUGUGACAAUUGCGAUCUCACCAGGCAUCCGGGUUAUGUUAAUUAUGUGGUACAGUCUGCUCCCACCUGUUGUCAAUCCGAUGAUAUACUGCUUCAGAACCAAAGAGAUCAAAGAUGCAUUGAAGAAAAAAAUUAGAGAUAGGAAAGUGUUUAUGCAGAUAUGAAUGGAGACUAUAUAUAUAUAU